GUUGACUGGAUUCCUCUUGACAUCGCAUCUCAAAGUAUCGUCGAUAUCUCCUUAAGCGCACCUUUUGCUAAAGAUAGUGAUUAUGUUCGAGUUAAUCAUAUAGUUAAUCCGGAACAAGUCACAUGGAAAGAAUUCUUAGAAUCUUUACGUCAAACUGGAAUAGAUUUUAAGAUUGUUUCGAAUAAAGAAUGGUUGAAUACAUUACUAAAUACUCCUGAAUAUCAAAAUGUUAUGAGCGGAUCAUCAGAAGGACAUGAACCGUUAUUUGAAACUCGGAAAUCAUCAGAUCGUAGUUUAGCACUUUCUAAUUGUCAAAAAAUUGAUGUGAAAUUAAUCAA